GCCUUGUUCGGGGUUGGUUUGCUUCAUAUUUUCAAUAAUAGCUGUCUGUCGUCUUUCGAGCAUUUCUUCAUCAACGCAACUUGUUUUGUUUCAUAUCCUAAAUCCAACGGGCCGAACCAUACAGUACAUCGAUCCCCCUCAAUGUUUCAUGGAAUUGUUAUGCCUAAAAUUAGGGUAUUUUUGUCAUGUGGACGCUAGUCAAUGAUUUCAGCCCCUAUUCCGUUUAUUUAUUUUGAGAACAGAAACACACGCUGUAAACAAUCUUCCGCCCUGGGAUGUAACUAUCGCAACGUAGUAAAUCUAAUCAUAAACCUAGAGUUGCUUCUGUUCUAUCUCAUUUUAAGAAACGAGAUAUUUCUCACAUAAAAAAUUGGAUAAGCAGACAGUUAAUUUCUCUUCAGCAAAUAACAAGUCAUGCUUAUUUUUCUAUUGUAAAAGGUCAACUGAUAUAACAAUAUGAAAGCACUUAUUUUAGUUGGGGGUUAUGGCACUCGACUCCGGCCUUUAACACUAACUUAUCCCAAACCGAUAGUGGAAUUCUGCAACAAACCCCUUUUACUACAUCAAAUUGAAGCCCUUGCCAAAGUUGGAGUAUCAGAGGUGAUCUUAGCUGUUAGCAAAUGUGCUGAUCGAAGUGAUAUUUUAGAAAAAGAGUUAAAAAAGCAUGAGAAGAAAAUUGGAACUAAAAUUACAUUCUCCUAUGAAACUGAAGCAAUGGGAACUGCUGGUCCAAUCGCCUUAGCGAAAGAUAUGCUCCUCGUGGACGAUAGUCCGUUUUUUGUGCUCAACAGUGAUAUCAUGUGUGAUUUCCCGUUCAAGGCAAUCAUAGCAUUUCAUAAAAAUCAUGGAAAAUCGGGAACGAUUUUGGUGACACAAGUUGAGGAACCUUCAAAAUAUGGCGUUGUUGUUUACGAUCAAACAACUGGACGUGUGGAUCGUUUUGUUGAAAAACCAAUUGAAUUUGUUGGUAAUAAGAUAAAUGCCGGUAUAUACUUACUUAAUCCUAGUGUUAUUGACAAGAUCCCUCUACGCCCAACUUCCAUUGAGAAAGAGAUAUUCCCAGAGAUGGCAAAUGAGAAACAACUUUAUUGCAUGACAUUACCAGGGUUCUGGAUGGAUGUUGGACAACCGAAUGAUUUUCUCAAAGGUACAAAUUUGUAUCUAAAUUACUUAAAACAAUCAGAUCAUUCGAAAGAACUAGCAACUGGAUCUAAUAUUCAUGGAAAUGUUUUAAUCCAUCCAACUGCCUCAGUUUCACCUACUUGUGUUCUUGGACCGAGUGUUGUUAUUGGGCCAGAGUGUAUAGUUGAAGAUGGAGUAAGAAUUCGUAAUUCCACCUUACUUCAAGGGAGUAUUAUUCGUUCUCAUUCUUGGCUAGAAACUUGUAUUAUUGGUUGGCGAUGUACUGUUGGGCAAUGGGUAAGAAUGGAAAAUGUCACCGUCUUAGGUGAAGAUGUCAUUGUAUCUGAUGAAUUAUUUGUAAAUGGUGCACGUGUAUUACCACACAAAAGCAUUGCCCAAUCAGUUGUUGAACCACAAAUUAUUAUGUAACAUGCCUGGUAUGGAAACUCUUGUAAAGUGCUGUGAUCAAAACUCUUUCUUUUCUGCCCAUACUCCUACUAUUCUUAUAAUCGGUACUAAUCUAUCGCCUUUUUAUUUCAACAACUUGUUUUCCACGUAGGAAUAUUAUCGUUUUUUUAUGUUCCACUGACUGCUGUUAUAAUUGUUAUUUUGUUUAAUUUCUUUAUUUUUUGUUCAUUUAAAACAUUUUACUAGAAAUAAAUCCAACCAAAUUCUAGUUCAAUGAAAUGUCACUUCCCGCUUAUUUUGGUUAUUCUUAUUACUAAUGUAGGAAACAAAAUUUAUAUUUGCUAUCCAGUGCUUUCUUUUAUGUUGUUGAAAGUUAAUAUGAAUUAGUUUGUUUUAAUCAGUUGUUAAAUGGUUUGCUUUUUGUAUUUUUUUGAUUUCUAUAUUUAAAUAUAUGCAUUAUUUGGAUUGGAA